GCAACUGUAAAAGCCACCCGGCGCCUCCAAGGCGGAAGCGGCCACUCCAGCUCCGGAAGAGGCGUGACCUUCCACUCGCCAUGUCCACGAACAAUAUGUCGGACCCACGGAGGCCGAACAAAGUGCUGAGGUACAAGCCCCCGCCAAGCGAGUGUAACCCGGCCCUGGACGAUCCGACGCCAGACUACAUGAAUCUGCUGGGCAUGAUCUUUAGCAUGUGCGGGCUCAUGCUCAAGCUGAAGUGGUGCGCUUGGGUCGCAGUUUACUGCUCCUUCAUCAGCUUUGCCAACUCCCGGAGCUCUGAAGACACGAAGCAGAUGAUGAGUAGCUUCAUGCUGUCCAUCUCAGCGGUGGUGAUGUCCUAUCUGCAGAACCCACAGCCCAUGACGCCGCCCUGGUGAUGUUGGCCCAGAGGGUCACCUCCCGGACUCCUCCACCCACUGCCCUCCAGGACUGUCCAGUUCACCUGCUGCUCUGGCCGGGCGAGGUCAUCUCAGGGGACUGUGGCUGUGCAGGGGGAGUCAGGCCGUGUCCUUCUCCCACUGGGGCAGACAAGGCAACAGCCAGCCCUACCUGCCGCUGCUUGGAGAUACCAUCCCUGUCUCUGGUCUUCUCAUAAGAUCCAGUUACUAAUAAAGUUUUGCAAUCACCUGC